AUGCCGGCCGUCAAGCCCAUGCCCCGCGUGCAGGGCUCCACGGUGCCUCCCACGGUCGUCGACCACUGGGGCGCUGUCUCAGCCGUCGCUGAGAACGAGACGCGGGCGCAGGAGGGCGUGUUCGUGAACGAGGACGGCAAGAGGAUGGACGACGGGCGCUACACCGCGUUCCGCCAGGAGAUCGAGCAAUUCAUCGGCCAGGGCCGCAUCUUCACCGACCCCGUGCGCACCCACGCCUACGGCACGGACGCGUCGUUCUAUCGCCUGAACCCGAAGAUGGUCGUCAAGAUCCACAGCUACGAGGAGGUCGCGAAGAUCAUGCCCAUCGCGAAGCGCCUCGGCGUGCCGAUCACCUUCCGUGCCGCCGGCACGUCGCUGUCCGGGCAGGCCGUGACCGACUCGGUCCUGCUCAAGCUCUCGCACACGGGGAAGAACUUCCGCAGCUACAAGGUCCACGGCGACGGCUCCGCGAUCACCGUCCAGCCCGGUCUCAUCGGCGGCGAGGUCAACCGCAUCCUGGCGGCACACAAGCGCAAGGGCGGACACCCGGUGCAGUACAAGAUCGGGCCGGACCCGUCGUCGAUCGACUCGUGCAUGAUCGGCGGGAUCGUGUCGAACAACUCGUCCGGGAUGUGCUGCGGCGUCAGCCAGAACACGUACCACACGCUGCGCGACCUCAAGGUCGUGUUUCCCGACGGCACCGUGCUCGACACCGCGGACCCGGCGUCGCGCGAGGCGUUCAUGCAGAAGCGCCCGGACAUCUGCAUCGGCGUCGUCGAGCUCGCGAAGCGCGUCCAGGCCGACGAGGAGCUCUCCGCGCUCAUCCGCCGCAAGUUUGCCAUCAAGUGCACCACGGGCUACUCGCUCAACGCGCUGGUGGACUUCCCGACGGACGACCCGAUCGAGAUCAUCAAGCGGCUCAUGAUCGGCUCCGAGGGCACGCUCGGGUUCGUCGCCGAGGCCACGUACAACACGGUGCCGGAGUGGCCGAACAAGGCGUCGGCGUUCGUCAUGUUCCCCGACGUUGAGUCGGCGUGCCGCGCGGCGUCCGUCCUGCGCGACAAGACCGCCGUCGACGCCGUCGAGAUGUUCGACCGCGCGUCGCUCCGCGAGUGCGAGUCGAACGACGACAUGACGCGCCUCGUGCCGGACAUCCGCGGGGCCGACCCCAUGGCCGCGUCGCUGCUCAUCGAGUGCCGCGGCGCGUCGCCCGAGGCGCUCCAGGAGCGCAUCGACGAGGUCCAGAACGCGCUCGUCGAGUCCGGCCUGCCCCUCGGCGCCCGCGCGGCCGAGCCCAAGACCCUGCAGGACUACCCCUUCUCGGAGGACCCCGCGGAAUUCAACGUGUACUGGGACGUCCGCAAGGGGCUGAUUCCGAUCGUGGGCGGCGCGCGCGAGACGGGCACGUCGAUGCUGAUCGAGGACGUCGCGUGCCCGGUCGACAAGCUCGGCGACAUGACAAUCGACCUCAUCGACAUGUUCAAGCGCUACGAGUACCACGACGCGUCGUGCUUCGGGCACGCGCUCGAGGGCAACCUGCACCUGGUCUUCUCGCAGGGCUUCCGCACGCCCGAGGAGGUCGAGCGGUUCCGGAAGAUGAUGGACGAGAUGUGCUACAUCGUGGCCACCAAGCACGGCGGGUCGCUCAAGGGCGAGCACGGAACCGGCCGGAACGUCGCGCCGUACGUCGAGAUGGAGUGGGGCACCAAGGCCUACGACCUCAUGUGGGAGAUCAAGAACAUCUUCGACCCGGAUUAUGUCCUCAACCCCGGGGUCCUUCUCAACAAGGACCCCGAGGCGCACGUGAAGUUCCUCAAGCCCUCGCCGCCGGCGUCGCCGCUGGUCAACCGCUGCAUCGAGUGCGGGUUCUGCGAGAGCAACUGCCCGUCGAAGGACACUACGCUCACGCCGCGGCAGCGCAUCACGGUGUACCGCGAGAUGCACCGCCUCAAGGGCAUGGUCGCGGACGGGUCGGCGACGGCCGACGACGAGGCGCGGCUGCAGGCGUUCAAGGACUCGUGGUCGUACGACGGCGAGGCGACGUGCGCGGCCGACGGCAUGUGCCAGGAGAAGUGCCCCGUGAAGAUCAACACCGGCGAGCUGAUCAAGGCGGUGCGCGCCGAGGAGAUGGCCGAGUGGAAGAAGUCGACGAGCGCGGCGAUGAAGGUCGCGAACCACUUCGGCGCCCUCACCGCCGCCGUGCCGACGUUCCUGAACAUCGUCGACAUGGCGCACGCCGUCGUGGGGCCCAAGGUCCUUGAGGGCGUGUCCGGGUUCCUGAACAAGGCGUCCGGGAACUACAUCCCGGCGUGGAACAAGUACAUGCCGAAGGGCGCCGCGCCGCUGCGCGAGCCGAAGAAGCCCGCGCCGGACGCGGCGGCGGAGCGCGGGGUGCCGCGGCAGGUGGUGUACGUGCCCUCGUGCGUCACGCGCAUGAUGGGGCCGGCGCGCGGCGACACGGAGACGGCGUCGGUGCACGAGAAGCUCCUGUCGCUCUUCGAGAAGGCCGGCUACGAGGUCAUCUACCCCGAGGGCCUCGGGUCGUCGUGCUGCGGGAUGAUGUUCAACUCACGCGGGUUCAAGGACGCCGCCGCGAGCAAGUGCGCGGACCUCGAGGCGUCGAUCCUCGCGGCGUCGGACAACGGGAAGAUCCCCGUCGUCUGCGACACCUCGCCGUGCCUCGCGCAGAUCAAGCAGUCGCUGUCGUCGCCCGACCUGCGCUUCUCGCUCUACGAGCCCGUCGAGUUCAUCUCGACCUUCCUCGUCGACAAGCUCGAGUGGACGAAGAAGAAGGACUCCAUCGCCAUCCACGUGCCCUGCUCCUCCAAGAAGAUGGGCAUCGAGAAGACCUUUAUGUCUGUCGCCGAGAAGUGCGCCAACGAGGUGACGCCGUCGGGCAUCCCGUGCUGCGGCAUGGCCGGCGACCGCGGCAUGCGGUACCCGGAGCUCACGGGCUCGUCGCUGCAGCACCUCAACCUCCCGCAGAGCUGCACGGACGGCUACUCGACGUCGCGCACCUGCGAGAUGUCGCUGUCCAACCACUCCGGCAUCAACUUCCGCGGCCUCGUGUACCUCGUGGACGAGUGCACGUCGCCGAAGAAGGCCCCGGGGGCGACGGCGUAA